AAAGUGAACAAAAAGGGAUAACAGCUAUCACCAACAACAACUACAAUAACAUUUUAGACAUCAUUUCCAAAUUAAACUCAAAUAUUCCAUCACCGGCGUCUUGUUUUCACCGAAAAAAAAACAUCUUUUCGAUCUGUUAUCGGUUACAAUCGGCCACAAACCGGUCAGUUUUUUUUUUUAGAAAAAAAAAAAAAUUCAUUUCCAUUCUAGUGUUCAUUCUAUGGCAGUUUCACCAGACACUUUACCGCCAAAAAAGAAGCGUGAAUUUAUCGGUACAGACGAGAGACUUCUACGAUCACUACUUGUUAGAUCUAGAGAAACUUGUUCUCUUAAUCCGAUUCCGUUUGUUCUGUACCGGAAUUCGAAUUCGAUUAUUCGAAAAACGAAGCUGUUGACGCUGCUGCUAGAGGAUUUGGUUGUAGAUCGAGACGUACGGAGUUUUCCUGCGUCUGCAGUGUUGUGUUUCGAAGAGCUUUUCAUUCUUUUGCAUAACGUAAAAACGCUUAUUGAAGAUUGCAAAAGUACAAGCAAAUUAUGGCUGUUGAUUCAGCAACAGACAGUUGCGAACAAGUUUUACGAGCUGACGCUUGAAUUAUCGACUCUGAUCGAUAUAUUUCCUGUUAAGGAAAUGAAUCUGUGUCUUGAUGUUGAAGAAACGGUAAACUUGAUCAGAAAACAAUGCUCGAAAACGGAUGCUACCGUUGACGAAAGAGAUAUUAAUCUAAAACAUGACGUGCUCCACAAGUUAGAUAAUAUUAAAAGGGAGAUUGUUCCUCAACAAUCAAAACUCAAAGAGAUCUUCACGAGAUUACAAUUAAAUGACUCCAUAUCUUGCACGGAUGAGAUUCAGAUUCUGGAAGAAGAAGUUAGAAAUCAAGAGGACGAAAAGUCGAAAGCGGAUAUUGUUUCGCUUAUCGGACUUGUACGCUACGCAAAGUGCGUGUUGUACGGAGAAUCGUCGCCCAGAAUUGUCCGUCGGCGGAAGUUUUCUAGCUCCGCCGACUUGACAAUUCCGGCGGAUUUCCGGUGUCCGAUAUCGCUCGAUCUUAUGCGUGACCCGGUGGUUGUAUCCACGGGUCAGACAUACGAUCGGGCAUCGAUAACCCUCUGGAUCGAAUCCGGACACACCACGUGUCCGAAAACGGGCCAGACUCUGGCCCACACGGAAACAAUACCAAACUUAGCAUUGCGGAACUUGAUAGUAAUGUGGUGCCGCGAACACCGGAUUCCGUUUGAAUCAACGGAGGUAAAGGAGAAUGUUAACGGCGUUACGACGAAUAAGACGUUGAUCGAAGCGACGAAGAUGACGGUGUCGUUUUUACUCCAAAAGGCGAAGGCGUCACAGUCGUUGGAAAUGGCGAACCGGUUUGUUUCCGAGCUUCGGGCGUUGGCUAAGACGGAUUCGAAUAGCCGAGCCUGUAUCGCGGAGGCUGAUGGUUUGCCGUUAUUGGUUAAGUUUUUAGGUUCGGAGCAUCCGAACCUACAAGUUAACGCCGUUACGACGAUUUUAAAUUUGUCUAUUCUUGAAGCGAAUAAGAUAAAGAUAAUGGAAACUGACGGAGUACUUAACGGUGUUAUCGAGGUAUUGCGUACUGGCGCCACGUGGGAGGCGAAAGGGAACGCGGCGGCUACGAUAUUUAGUCUCACUGGCGUGCACGCGUAUCGAAAAAAGCUAGGAAGGAAGACACGUGUGAUUAAAGGGUUGAUGGAACUAGCGAAAAAUGGACCAAUAGGAUCGAAACGUGACGCGUUGGUGGCGAUUUUAAAUUUGGCAGGUGACCGGGAGACGGUUGGGAAGUUGCUUGAGGUGGGGGUGGUGGAGAUGGCGAGUGAAGUGAUGGACGGGUUGCCCGAAGAAGGCGUGACGGUUCUCGAGGCAGUGGUGAAGAAAGGAGGAAUGGCGGCGAUCACCGCAUCGUUUAACGUGAUUAGGAAACUGGCUAUGAUACUUAGGGAUGGGACGGAGAGGGCGCAAGAGAGUGCGGCUGCAACGCUUGUAAAUAUAUGCCGAAAAGGGGGUUUGGAGAUCGUGUCGGAGCUAGCAGCUAUCCCGGGGAUCGAGCGGGUGAUUUGGGAAGUAAUGGGGAUGGGAACGGGGCGAGGGAGGAGAAAAGCGGCGACGCUGCUUAGAAUUCUUCGGAGAUGGGCGGCCGGGUUGUAUGGAAGUCCCACCGCGGCUUAUGCAGCCGCGAGUGCGAGUUCGACAACCGCCACCGCUGUGGUGUUGCCGGGGUAGAAGUGAUUCUUUUGGGGGAUUUUAUGUAAUUAAAUUUGCAUAGUUUGGUUUGUUUUCUAAUUUCAACAGAAAAUUUGGCGAUGGCGCCAAUGUCAAUUGUAAACAUGUUUUGGUUUUAUACAUUUCAAUAGAAAAAUUGGCAAAUAAUUCAUCAUCUCUUUGCAA